AUGGCUGACACCGAAUACAAUGCCGAGGAGGCCGCUGAGCUGAAGAAGAAGCGCACCUUCCGCAAGUUCUCCUACCGCGGUAUCGACCUUGAGGCCCUGCUCGACCUCGACUCCGAUGAGCUCCGGAACGUCCUCCACGCCCGCGCGCGGAGAAAGAUCAACCGGGGUCUGAAGCGCCGCCCUCUCGGCCUCAUCAAGAAGCUGCGCAAGGCUAAGCAGGAGGCUAAGCCAAACGAGAAGCCUGAGCUUGUCAAGACUCAUCUGCGUGAUAUGAUCGUCGUGCCUGAGAUGAUUGGCAGCGUUAUCGGCAUCUACUCCGGAAAGGAGUUCAACCAGGUGGAGAUCAAGCCUGAGAUGGUUGGCCACUACCUUGGCGAGUUCUCCAUCACAUACAAGCCUGUCAAGCACGGUAGGCCCGGUAUUGGUGCCACGCACUCUUCUCGUUUCAUUCCUCUGAAGUAA